GUUUUUCUUGAGCCGUUUAAAUAGUUUAAAUUCUCGAUAGUCAAACGAGUUCUAUUCCGUUGUAAUUGUAGCAAGUGUAUGUAGUAAAGUGUACGAAAUAUGAACCCGCGAAUUGGCAAAAUUCGCGACACACGACUAGUGGGACAAUCGCUGCAGUAGGCGUUCGGCAAUCGUCAUGCCUACGUGCUCUGUUUUUAUUCGCUGCGCGCUGUGCAUCGGAGCGGUGCUGCUGGCCACCGUCGUCUCGGUGGCCUUGGGGAAUGCUGCCGCGGGGUCACUAAACAAUCCACCAAACGAUGGUCCACAGACGGUCGAGCAGCUGCCCUUCUGCGACGACAAAGUAGAUCAGCAGCGCGAUCGGGAUGGACUGGUUUUUGUAACCACACUCGAUGGCAAACUGUCCGCGCUGGACAUGCUCGACGAGGGAAAGGAACGAUGGAGCAUCCAAACGGGCCCCGGUUCGUUGCUUUCCUCCAGCAUCCACCGGCUCGAGCUGACCAACAACGGCAAAUGGGUACGCAUGAUACCGUCGCUCAGUGGAAGUUUGUACAAGUUCGACGGAGACUCAAUCGAACCGAUCCCGUUCAGUGCUGAAGAGAUGCUGCAAUCGUCGUUCAAGUUUUCGGACGAUCUCGUCAUCUCCGGUGGAAAGGAAACCCGCUCGUACGGUGUGUCGAUGCAAACGGGUAACCUGAUCUACGUCUGCACGAUGCAAGGGUGUAAGAAUGCGACCGAACUGGCAAUGGAAUCGGCGGCCGGAGAAGGUAAAUAUGGUCCACCGCCGGAGGACGAAAUCGGUGGCAGCACGAUCGAUGAUGUGCUCGUGAUCCGCCGGCAAACGCAAACGGUACGCGCGGUCGAGUCGCGUACCGGUAGCGAGCGGUGGAACUUUAGCAUUGGCCACCAUGAGCUGGAAAAGAUGAGCAAUGAAGAUUGCCGCGGUGGCAAGGAACGUCGCGAGGUGGACCCGGUGAUACUGGAUUUGGAGCUGCGGGUGAUCAUUCCGGAGGGAGUGAUCUGUGCGGUGCGUAAGAGCGCACCGGGGGAGAUUGUGUGGAAGCACAAGUUUAACGUGCCGAUUGUGAGCGCUUGGCGUACACCACCCGGCGAUACGGAAGGUGGGUUGGUCGAAGUGGAUCUAUUCGAUCGUACCGACUGGUUGUGGAACGUGAAUGUAGAAGACACCACCGCCGACAAGCCUCCAUUGGUAAGCCCUUCGCUUUACAUCGGAAUGCACGAUAAGCAGCUUUACAUUCAGGAAUCGAAUGCGAUGAUGAACAAACGGGAGCAAAACCUUCAGGAGAUCGCGCUGCUAACGGAUGAAAGUAAACUACCGGCUAUUCCCUGGAGGCCAUUGCCCGCUAGUGGCGCCGUAGCUGGAUUGAUAACCGACGAAAACAGCGUACCCGAAGAGCCACAAACGGAUGACAAUGGGGAAUCAACGGCGAUCGCACGUUCGGUACUUUACGCCUCGAGCUAUAUCAAUGGCAAUGGGUUUUUCCUCCUCUACGAUCCACCCGAGCGGUGUAACAAAAACAAUGAAGUUUCCAUCGAUAACACCACCAACGAGGAGGAUGGCGAACGCACCGGAACCGCACCGGACGACGUGGAGACGAUGUUCGAUGUGCCGGUUAAGGUGAUGAGUGUCACCAUGUGGCACUGGUGGAAGGAAAUCGUGAUCAUUUCGAUCACGAGCGCGCUGGUGCUUAACAUGAUGCUUAAGCUACGUGCCGAAAAACCCCCGGUCAUGGUGGUGGUCGAGCGGAAGGUUACCGUACCGAUCCCAACGGCGGUUGAAGCGGUCGAAGAAUUCCCGCCCGCUAUUCGUAUGACGACGCGCAGCUACUCCGAAUCGAACUCAGCCAAUGACCCAACACGGGGACAAGGGGCAGGGAUGAUGGAACACUAUACGUCCCGGUUUCAUGAAGAUUUCGAUCUCGUCCAGUGCCUCGGCAAGGGGGGCUUUGGGGUGGUAUUUGAGGUGCGCAAUAAGCUAGACGAUUGCCGGUACGCGAUCAAGCGCGUCGUGCUACCGAACAAGCAGGAAUCGAAGGACCGUGUGAUGCGGGAAGUGAAAACGCUGGCCCACUGUGAGCAUCAGAACAUUGUGAGGUAUUUCCAUGCGUGGAUCGAAACGCCACCCCCCGGUUGGCAGGAACGGAACGAUCGGGAGUGGAUCGAACGACACUGCCUUUCAACGUCGAUCGACAUCGAAACACCGACGGAUACGUGCCCUCCACUUCCGGGUGCAUCGUCGGUGGUGUCCGGUUCAUUGAAUCGGUUUGUCGGGGGGGCGAAAAACAGUAUUCCUCCCUCGUCCAUUCAGGCCAACCUCUGGAUGCCUUGUGCUGCGGAACCGAACUUUUCCUUCGCAAACGGUGCCGGUACAAAAGGAGGAGUUGGUCGAUCACUGCACUACGAGCAGAGCGACGGUUCCUCGUUUAUUGAAUUCCGGGCAGAUCCGGAAGCGUCGCUGCAACCGUCGGGGUUAGAAAAUGGGGACGGAGAUAGCGAAGAGCAAGACGAUGAGUCUUCUUCAAGCGAGUCCGAGUCGGAAGCACCGUCGGGUGCGCACGGAAGCAGACACACGUGGACCAACAACGACGAUGACAACGAUGAUUCGUUGGACAUUGUUUUUAAGGAACCAUCAAUGAGCAACGGUAUUAGCAGCAAUGGAGCAGUGGCCAUCCAAGUGUCUUCUUCACCAGAAACACGUCCACCUGCAUCCACAAAUGGUGGUGGUGUUGGUGGUGCGUACAGAAAAGAGAACCCCCAGCAGCAGAAUCCAUUCCGCAAAACACACCGCCGGCCCCUUUCGCUAGAUCUCACCAGCACGGGUAAUGUGCAGAACAACAAGAGGCCACUACCACUAGCCGUCGACUUGCGCAACGGCACGACGAUCGGCACGAGCUCCAUCCUAUCGCAGCCAACCAAAGCAAGCACGACGACCCAGAGCAAUAAGAUUUAUCUCUACAUUCAGAUGCAACUGUGCCACAAACAAUCACUCAAGGAGUGGCUCAGUUUGAACGGGUUCCCGGCCCGUCGGGACAAGAUCGUGCCCAUCUUCGAGCAGAUUGUGGCCGGCGUCGAGUACGUCCAUCUGAAGGGCCUAAUACAUCGUGACCUGAAGCCAAGCAAUAUUUUCUUUUCGCUCGAUGGAAGGAUAAAAAUUGGCGACUUUGGGCUGGUAACCGACUCGAGCGAUUUGCAGUAUGACAGUGAGAACAAUAUGCCCACGAUGGGUCCCGAUCGGCACACCAGGCAAGUUGGAACGCAACUGUACAUGUCACCGGAACAGCUGAAGGGUUUACCGUACGACUACAAGGUGGACAUCUAUUCGCUCGGCUUAAUCCUGUUCGAGCUGCUCGUAAGCUUCGGUACGGAGAUGGAGAGGAUCUGCACGCUCAAGAACGUGCGGAAGAGCGCAUUCCCUGAUCGCUUUGAAGAGGAUUAUCAAUGUGAGUAUAAGCUACUAUCGCUGAUGUUGUCGGAAUCGCCUAAAAAUCGACCAACAACGUUCGGUAUCAAGGCGCAUCCUCCGUUUAAACGUAUUCCUUCGAGCAAAUCGACCAACGCACUCAGUGUCGUUGAUGAAACGCUCGUCGUUAACGGUGGAACCGGAACGUCCAGCGGAUCGUUCGAAUCGGAGGACGGUGAUGAAUGGCACUUUGAGUUGCCGCCACGCAGAAAAGACAGCCGUACUUACAGUACGUCCGGCUCGGGCUCCGGAAGUGGUUCCGCUGGUAUUGGGUCCGCACCGAACCAACUUUGCUUUUAAAGAGGAAUUUCGUCUGAUGGAGGAAUUGGAGGACGGCGACAUGAAAAAAACGAGUUGCCAAGUGAAAACAUACUUCUAAGUUAUUUAUGUCUUAUUGAGGUUGUUAUAGUCUAAGCUCAUCCCCGUGAAUAAGAUUAAGGUUUGAGACAAACUUACGGUAAGCCAGUUACGUUCUUGUCGAGUAUGUGAGAAUUAUAUCUACUAAUAAAGAUAUGCAAGAGUACACGGUCGCUCUUUACUUGUUUUAA